AAGUGGCUCAGCUCAAUAACAAACAAACAGGAGGCGACGUGUUCACUUUCCUUCCGUUUUCUGUGACAGGCUCAUUUUUUCCAGGCUGAUGAAAAAGGGAUUUUGUUCUAAAACAGUAGAUUUGAUUUUAUUGGUGCGGCAAAAUGGCAACAACAUCAUCUCAGUUUGAACAUGUGGAGCUUGAAGGAGUGGAGGAGGGCAUUAAGCUGCAGGGCUCGACGGUGCGGCGGAACCUCUUUGGUCCAGUCGACCACCAGGAGCUUCAGCAGGACUUCCACAAGCUCUUGUACAUGAAUAUGGAGGUGGCCAAGCAGCGCUGGAACUUUGACUUCCAGAGUGAGCGUCCUACCCCUGGCUCAGUGGAGUGGGAAGAAAUACAUUGCCAGGAUGUGCCAGCUUUCUACCAUAGCUGUGUGGUGAGGAUGGGUAAGCGCAGACCAGAGGUUCCCAUCAGCGCUGGUGGAACUUUGGCAUACGGAGAAGCGGAGCUGGAAAAGAGAGCAGUCAAAUACAGACAGGCUGCUAUCACAGACUUCUUUACCGUGAAGAAGAGGAGGUUUCUUCAUCACAAAGUCUCGAGGCAGUAAGAACAGAGCCGACACUUGAGCAGCUGAAGAUACUGUCAGCUCCUCACUGUGUAUGUAAAUGUACAUACAGUAUUUACACUUCUAGUUAUUCAUUGUCUCUCUGGGUUAUAUUUAAAACGCUUAAAGUAUACUGUGAAGGUACAGAAGUGCACUCCAAAAAGGACACUUUCAUUAAUAAUUUGAUAAUAGUCAAGUUACAACAGUUGUAUUUCUUCCCCAUGUAUUAAAUGUCAGUAUGUUUUGGGUCUUAACUAGUUUUGUGCACAAAGCCCAAUGGCUUAGCUGGUUAUAAAACACUUUCCCCUCCUCACGAGAAACAAACUAAAUGUUGACCGGCAGACUUUAAACAGAUAGUCUUGCUGUUUUGAUACCUCGUUGAUUUUUGCAUCUUGUACAUAUGUUAAAUAGUGAGAGCCUUACUGUGUAUAUUCGAGAAUAUUGCUAUUUACUACAUAUUCAUUCUUUUCCAUGUAGGCAAACAUUUAAUUAGAACCUAAAAAGAGAAAGUGAACCAGAGAGAGACUGGUAUAUCUGAGCCAUGGCCUUAUUGUGUUUUGUUAUAGAGAAUUGUUCACAGAAGAAAAAAAAAAAAGUUGUGAAUGAAUUAAUCUCUCUUACCUCAAGAUGGUCACUGAGUGAGAUUUCAGAAAGCAUGUGACCUCUGACCUCUGGUGUACACCUGAAGUCCACUUUGUAAAUAUUUAACUACUUCACCAUUCAGUGCAAAAUUUGUUUAAGCAGCUCAAACAGAUUAUAUAUAACUACCCGAGUUACAAGUUACCUUGCUGACUACAUUUUUUUUAAUUGCCUACAUGGAAAGAGUUGCUAUAAAAUAUUAAUUAUACCAGUCCUCCUAAACUACAUUGGGUUUAAAUGUUCAGAUAUUUUAGUGUUCCUAUGGGGUAAAAUGGUGACCUUUUUUUUUUUUUUAAACUUCCUUUGUUUUAUCAAUAUGGCCUUUUUAUUCACAGUGUACACAAACAUUAGUUGUGCUUUUUAGCCAUUGGUGGUUAGACUUCCUUUAUCUCUGUAUGUAAAUCUCAUAAAGAUGUAAAUGUAUAGUUGUAUGGACAAAGAUAAUAAUAUCUUGUAUUAAUAGUGAUGACGCACAUUAUCUUUGGACUGUAUACAUUUCUUUUUGAGUAUUAAUCGUAGCAUUGUAUCUCAGUUUUUUACUUCUGUUAUAUACAGAUCUGAAUACUAUAUUAAGAAAAUGUAGCAUUUUAAUUACAGUGGAUUGAGUUGUGUCAUAUGAUGGAGAACUGUUUAUAACUGUCCAUAAGAGACUUACAAAACCAUGCUCAGCAUGUAAAUAAGGAAGUAUCUGCAGUUGUUUGUUCAGUGUUUGCUAUGAGUUUAUAUGGAAUUGUUUCAUUUCUUUCAAGUCAUUAUGUUUGAUUUUGAAAAGGCAGCUUAGGAAACUAGCCAAAGAUUUACUCCACACACUGUCGAAAGUAAACAACUACCAACUGCUGUCAGAGAAAAGGGACAACGCCACUAGUCUUAACCAGCUGCAAAAGCUCACAAAACACUCUUUUGGUCUUGUGGCAGUGGCACAGGUUUUAAAUAAAACACUGUUUGGUGUUCGUAAUAUUUUUGGUGACAGUCACCAUGUCCUACAGCAGCGCAGCUAUUUUUGUAUUUGUAAAUCUUUUGCAAGGAGAGGGUUCAUCUACCUCACAAACAAUGAAGUGUUCAUUUUCUUAUCAGAAACCCUCCUGAUCCAAGACGUGGAGCUGUAAAUAAAAAAGCCCCCCCCCCCUUUUUUUUUUAAUAAAUACCCUAAUGCCAAAUCCUGUAUGAAUUGGGUCUAGUGUUCUCUGCUUUCCUAGAAAUAAUCAGAAAAGUGUUUACACUAAUUGAACUGACCAAACAAAGGUCAAACCCUAAACCACACCCAAGAUAUCUGAAGUUACACACCACUAUGUCCAGGAAUCAUUGUCUUCCAUGUAAUUUUUUUUUUAUUUUUUAAAGACUGAGUAAAUGCCUAUUAGUUCAUAGAAGGUUUACACACAUCACGUCACUUUGAAAAGGUCUGAAAAUUUCCCCCUAAUUUCUGCAUUUCAGUUGUGUGUUUGCUUUACGAUGAUUUUUUCAUUGUAUUUAAAUAUGGCAGUGUUGCUCUGAAACAAAAAUGUUUAACUUAUUGAAAGAUAAUUGUUUUAAGGAUUACUAACCGAUUUUGUAUUAACUUUGCACUAUUAAAUAUUAUUGUCAGUGUAUUGUAAUCUUCAGUGGUGUUAAGAGCAGCAUGAAUAGGCCAGGUCUGAGUGCACAGCGAGAACAUUUACUUUUUUUUCUUUCUUUUUUUUUUUUAAUUACAGAUGUUCAUUUGAUUUAAUGUUUUAUGACUAACAGCUCGCCAAAAAAAAGCAAAAUCAGGCUUCCAAAAUUCUCUAUUCAAUAAUUGAUAUGACGAAAAUAUUUCGAUACCCUGUAUACAUAAGAGAGGCAGCCAUGUGUAUUUUGGAUACCUAAAACCCUAUACAGUUGUUGUUGGGUUUUUUUUUUAUUAUUAUAUGGGAACAAAGUGAUACUGAUUGUGAACACAACUGCAUUUUCUUUAAUUCUUCUCAGAUCAACCAAAUGUUUCUCCUUUUCUUAGUGUCUCUCAUAUUAUGAAUGUUGCUAUGUUUAAAUCACAAAUUAUAAUAAAAGAUGUUUAUGUAAAUUGCAA